AUGUCUUUGGUAAAUGAUAACAAUAGCAUUAUUUUAAUUAAUGAUAGAGAAGAAACAAUUUCUUAUUUUUCGUCAGAAGAGUCCAUUGCAAUGAUAGAUUUCAUAGACCACCAAAUAGAAAAAAAUACACAAAACAUGGAAGACCUAGAGAAAGCUAUAUUUGGGAUCAUUUUAUUGAAGAAGGAGAUGAACGAAAACAAGGAAAAUUUUCCACUAUUAGCAAAAUUAGCUAGAAAAUACCUUGGUAUAUCUACAAUGUCUUUUCCUGCAGAACAGUUAUUUAGUGAUGCUGGAAACCAUAUUACACCAAAGUGUAACAAAUUAAAACCUGAUAGAGUAGAAAA